AUGUCGGAUGCUAUUAGAGCUUCAAGUCCUUCUAUCGAUGGAGUAGAGAAAGAAGAAAUCAAACAUGUAGAACAUGAAGCUACCGUUCAUCCGAUUCCUGAAUCACUCAAAAAUCUAAGUGACAAGGAUUUGGAAGUUCUCGAAAAGACAAUGGUUCGAAAGAUGGAUUCUAUAAUCUUACCAGUCAUUAUGGUACUUUAUAUCUUGAAUUACAUCGACCGGCAAAAUCUUGCAGCUGCUAAAUUACAAGGUAUAUUGGACGAUCUUCAUAUGACCACCCAACAAUUUGCUUCUGCAAUUGCUAUCUUGUAUGCUGGUUACAUCCCGUUCCAAAUCCCAUCAAAUUACCUUAUAUCGUAUUUCAGUCGACCAGGUUUAUAUAUCUGUUCGGCAGUCAUACUUUGGGGUGCCAUUAGCGCUUGUACUGCUGCUGUUCAAUCCUACCAAGCUCUUUUAGGUAUUCGUGUUAUCCUUGGUGCCGUUGAAGCCGUGUUCUUCCCUGGUGUUUUAUACUACCUUUCCGCAUGGUAUACUAAGAAAGAACUCGGUAAACGAUACGCUGCGUUGUUCAUUGGUCAACAAUUAGGAAACGGUUUUGGUGGGUUGAUCGCUGCUGGUGUACUUAAACUCGAUGGUGCACACGGUAUAAGGGGGUGGAGAUGGUUAUUCAUCAUCGAAGGUGUCGCGACUGUCGGUUUCGGUGCCAUAUUCGCUACUUUCAUGCCUGAAUAUCCUUACAACGCUAGAAUUUUAACACCAAUUCAAAGGGAUUAUGCUGUUUGGAGAUUAGAGAAAGAGGCAGGAGCAAGUGAAGCCCACGAAGACGUGUCGAAUCUCAAAGCAUACGUCUCAGCACUCGCCGAUCCUAAAGUAUACGCCUUGAUCCUGUGUAUGAUCAUGUCUCAGGCUAUGGGUUCAGUCGGAAAUUUCUUCCCCACAAUUAUCAAAUCAAUCUUCUCCAACAAUAUCCUUGUUUUACUCCUUACCGCUCCUCCUUAUAUCUUCGUCUGUUUCUUCUUUUACGGUCUAUCGUGGUAUGCUGAUAGAAACGGCAAGAUCUAUCUACCAAUGGUCAUCUGUUUAUCGAUCGGUAUCGUGAUCUACGUGAUUGCAGUCGCUACGCUCAGUGUUCCAGCUCGUUACGUCGCCAUAAUGUUUACACCCGUGGCCAACGUGGUACCCCAACUGUUCAUUUACAAUACAUUAUCUCUGCACGUUGCUCGACCCUAUCCCAAACGAGCUGCUGGAUUGGCUUUGAUCAAUGCUAUCGGCGGUACUUCAAAUGUAUGGUCAGCAUACGUAUGGUAUAAACCUCCUCAUUUCUAUGCUGGUUUCGGUAUGGUCUUAGCUUGUAACGUCUUAUUCUUGAUCAUCAUCACAGCAUACAAAUUCUACGUCAGGAGGGAGAACGCUAAAUUAGAUGCUGGAGGUGAAAAGGCAAGACACGCAAUGAGACAUGGUAUCACACAAGAACAAGUUGAUCUAGGUUGGAGGUAUGUCGGAUAUUAG